AUGUCGAGUAGUUUCUAUCGAACGUGUAACGUCGAUUUGACGGAUUCUUUCUCCCCCUCUUCGCUCUCCGGUACAUGUGGGUCAGUUGGUAUACCCUUCCACACUUACGAGGACGUACUCCCAUAUGUCCUGGCUACUUCUUGGGGUACACCAAAACGUAGGAGAUGUACAGACAGACAGACUGAUCCUGACGGAUAUAGGGAUACCUGGCGGUGUGGGAGGAACUUGGGGGUCUGUGACCUUGCAUGA